AUGUGUGAUGAUUCUGAUUUCACAGUGGGGGCAGUAUUUGGACAUAGGAAAGAUAAUUUGGUGCAUGUCAUAUACUAUGCCAGCAAGGUCCUCAAUGACACUCAACGAAAUUAUACCACUACUGAAAAGGAGUUGCUGGCAAUAGUUUUUGCAUUUGACAAAUUUAGAUCAUACCUCAUGGGUUCUAAAAGAAAAAAGGGCGCAGAGAACAAGGUAGCAGAUCAUCUAUCCAGGAUCCCUUGUGAGAAAGAUGCUACACAUGAUACAACUGUGAAUGAGUUCUUUCCAGAUGAGCAGUUAAUAUUGGUUCACAAGGCACCCUGGUUUGCAGAUAUUGCCAAUUUUAAGGCAACUGGUGACUUGCCUCCUGGAAUCAACAAACAUCAAAGAAGAAAAUUCAUCAAUGAUGCUAAAUAUUUCAUUUGGGAUGAGCCAUAUCUCUUCAAGAAAUGCUCAGAUGGAAUCCUUAUGAGGUGCAUUUCAAAAGAAGAGGGACGAGAGGUCCUAUGGAAUUGUCACAGUUCUAGCUCUGGAGUGGACUAUGUAUCUAAGUGGGUGGAGGCCGUGGCAACCCCAACAAAUGACAACAAGGUGGUCAUGAACUUUCUUAAAAAGAAUAUCUUCAGCAAAUUUGGAGUUCCACGAGCCCUCAUUAGUGACGGAGGGAGUCAUUUUUGCAACAGACCAUUAGAGACUCUACUCCUAAGGUAUGGGGUGAAGCAUAAGGUUGCCACACCUUAUCAUCCCCAAACAAGUGGGCAAAUCUAG